AUGGCCGCCGGCAAGGAGACCACGAAAGGCAAGAAAGCCGCUCCCAAGGGCACCAAGCAGGCCAAUGCCGCUGCCAAGGCUGUCCUCAAAGGCUCGCACUCGCACAAGCCCCGUAAGAUCCGUACGAGCACGUCUUUCCACCGACCCAAGACGCUCGCCCUCUCGCGCUCUCCCAAAUACCCCCGGAAGUCGAUCCCUCACCUGCCUCGCCUCGAUGAGCACAAGAUCGUCAUUCACCCUCUCAACACCGAGAGCGCCAUGAAGAAGAUGGAGGAGAACAAUACCCUGGUCUUCAUUGUUGAUGUCAAGGCCAACAAAGCCCAGAUCAAGCAGGCCCUGAAGAAAUUGUACGACAUUGACACGGUCAAGAUCAACACCCUCAUCCGCCCCGAUGGUUCCAAGAAGGCCUACGCCCGUCUUACUCCUGACGUCGAUGCUCUGGACAUUGCUGCCAAUAAGCUGUCGCUGGUAUAA